AGCCAAUAUCGAACUUCUUGUGGUCACACUGACGGAUGUGAAUGUUGUGAAGGGAAAAGAAGACGGAACGGGGCAAAGCAAAACAAUAGACCAAAACGAACUCACUGAACUGGCCCCCGGGAUCGAAAUGGCUGGAUUUUUGGAGACAAGAAAGCGCAGCCGGGAGGACGACCUGGCGUGCGAGUCGACGCCCCUGUCGAAACGCAUUAACAACCUGCAUCUAAACUACGACGAUGGGAACAGCAGUAGUAGCAGCAGCUGCAGCAUUCCGCCAUUAUCGGGGGGAGGAGCCACUGUAGCCAGCGGUGGCCCCGAUGCUGCCGGAAACGGCGUGGCAGCCAGAUACGAGUACAACCCAGAACUGGGAGCCGAACAGAACCCAUUUUACUAUGAGAAGAACAAGAUGCUUUACGACCUGCACGUCGAACGUAGUAAGCGGAGUAACCAGUAGCUAUUGAUCAAGGAUUUUGGUGUACGCGUCCAUGUCCUGGCAUCGCCAUUCAAGUGCCAACCCGAGUUCUCCACAACAACACUCUGUAGUCCAAAUUAAGCGUAGUUCGCCUCUGUUCAUCCUACUGUGCCCACGGAUUUGGCUAUCUGGCUCCGGAUCUGGAUCUGGAGUUGUGAUCCUCAGCACUUGCGUUUGUGUGAUAAGCAUUGUUUACUUGCAUGGCAUUAGCAUCGCCCGGAUGCAUCCACAUAAUACUAGAAUAUUAGAAAUCGAGCUAAGACUCCCCCAAAACACGCACAUAAAUAUGUAUAGAAUAAGUUAUGUAUUUAUAAUCCUGCAUAUAUAUAUAUUCUAAGAAUAUUUUAAGAACUAAA